CUUUGGUUUGUCUAACCAUCCAAGAUGGCGGCGCUCGUAGGGCUGCGUGCGUGUUUCUCCGGCCUUCAGCUUUCCUCGCCGAGCCUCCUGCACAGCUCCUUCAAACUGUGUGCUGUGCCUCUGAGUCGACGGACCUUCGCUGCAGAGGCUAAGAAAACGUACAGCCGAGACAAGCCCCACGUGAACAUCGGAACAAUCGGUCAUGUGGAUCACGGCAAGACCACCCUCACUGCAGCCAUCACAAAAGUGCUCGCUGACGCCGGUGGAGCUAGCUUUAAAAAGUAUGAGGAAAUUGACAAUGCCCCUGAGGAGAAGGCCAGAGGAAUCACCAUCAACGCCUCUCAUGUAGAAUACACCACAGCCAACAGACAUUAUGCUCAUACAGACUGCCCCGGUCACGCCGACUACGUCAAGAACAUGAUCACGGGCACAGCUCAGAUGGACGGCUGUAUCCUGGUGGUGGCGGCCACCGAUGGCCAGAUGCCUCAGACGCGCGAGCACCUGCUGCUGGCCAAGCAGAUCGGCGUUGAGCACGUGGUGGUUUUCAUCAACAAAGCGGAUGCCGUGGAGGACAAGGAGAUGCUGGAGUUGGUGGAGAUCGAGAUCCGUGAGCUGCUCACAGAGUUCGGCUAUGACGGUGAUAACACGCCCGUCAUAAUAGGCUCUGCUCUCUGCGCUCUGGAGAACAAACAGCCGGAGCUGGGCGUGAAUGCAGUGAUGAAACUGCUGGAGAUCGUUGAUGAUUACGUUCCUCUGCCCAAAAGAGAACUGGAGAAACCUUUCCUUCUGCCCAUCGAAGGUGUUUAUUCAAUCCCAGGCAGGGGUACAGUAGUGACAGGCACUAUGGAGAGGGGUAUCAUCAAGAAAGCAGACGACUGUGAGUUUGUUGGCCAUAGUCGCAGCUUCAAAUCUGUGGUUACCGGUAUCGAGAUGUUCCACAAGUCUCUGGACCGGGCUGAGGCUGGAGACAACCUGGGCGCUCUGGUCCGAGGCCUGAAGAGGGAGGAUGUGAGGAGAGGGAUGGUGAUGUGCAAACCAGGAUCCAUCUUGCCUCACCAGAAAGUCAAGGCUCAGGUGUAUGUUCUGAGUAAGGAGGAGGGAGGCAGACACAAACCCUUUGUCUCUAACUUCAUGCCCGUCAUGUUCUCGCUAACCUGGGACAUGGCCUGUAAAAUCACUCUGCCUGAAGACAAGGAAAUGGUGAUGCCAGGAGAGGACACUUCCCUGAUGCUCACGCUCCGCCAGCCGAUGGUCCUGGAGAAAGGCCAGAGGUUCACUCUGAGAGACGGAAACAGAACCAUUGGCACGGGCCUGGUCACAGACAUCCUGACCAUGACAGAUGAAGACGUGAGCAGCAACUGGGGCUGAAGAGGAAGCUCUGCAGAGAGGGCUUAGCUUUGGGGGGGAGGUAGGGAUUAAGAAGGGAGGGUGGGUCUGUGGGUGUCUAUUUCUGGUCAAAUCAAAUAAUUAUCUAUGUAUAAAAUACAAAAUGCCAUUCACGUGAACAUAAGAGGACUCAAAGUAUCACAUGGCUCUGGUUUGAAGCUCUACUGAACCAAGAUACAGGAAAUAUUUAGCACUGUCUAUGUGUUUGAAGACCAGGCUGUCAUCUGUCAUUUAUGUAAUAAAAUGUAUUUAAUAAUAAAAA